AUGAUUAUUAAAGAUUUUGUUGUGGAUAAAGAUACUGAUAUUCUUGCUUUGACGGAAACUUGGCUCCCUCCAAGUGGGAACGAUUUGAUUAUUGGGGAUCUAUGCCCAACAGGUUAUAGUUUUCUGCAUACACCGAGACAUGGAUCAAUCGGUGGGGCGUUGGUCUCUUAUUCAAGGAAAGUCUUAAUAUUAAGCGUAUUAAUAGGAGGUAUUUAGGUCAUUUGAAUACCUUGACAGUUCUUUUUUGAACUUUCUACAUAUUAGAAUUAUUGUUGUAUAUCGGCCGCCUCCUUCAUCGGCUAACUCAUUGACAUCUACUCUAUUCUUUGAAGAGUUCUCAUCCUUUUUGGAAGGAAUUAUUGUAUCACCCGGGCAACUCUUGAUAGCUGGAGAUUUCAAUUUUCAUCUGGACAAUCCUAAUGACCCUCUUACCAAACGGUUCGUGGAUCUUCUCGCUUCCUUUGAUUUGAAGCAGUACAUUUCUGGAUCAACACAUGCAAGUGGUCACACACUGGAUUUAAUUAUAACGCGAUCUGAAGAAAACAUUGUUAACCAUUACAAUAUCUUCGAUCCUCUGAUUUCUGAUCAUUCAGUUGUGCAUUUACAACUAUUGAUUAGGAAACCGAAGUUUGUGAAGAAACAUUUGCUUCUUCGUAAUUUGCGGGCGGUUAAUAUUCAUAAAUUCAAAACGGAUGUACUAAAUUCUUUUCUUCUUAAGAAUGUUACGACUAUGGAUUUGGUAUCAUUGGUGAAUGAGUAUGAUUGUCUUCAUACUAUCUUAGAUAACCAUGCACCGAUUAAAUCCCGGGAAAUUACAUUGCGCCCUAAGGCACCCUGGUAUACUAACGAAAUCAAUGAUAAGAAACGAAUUCGGAGACAACUUGAGAGAAAAUGGCAUAAAACAAGGACGAAUGCUGAUUGGAAUCGCUAUAAACAACAAUGUUAUGCUGUAAAUAAACUUAUCGACUCCUCAAAAUCGGCUUACUAUACCGACUUAAUUAAUAAUGGAUCAUCUGAUCAAAAAACCCUUUUCAAGACUGUAAGCAAUUUGCUGCAUACAAAUACGAUUAUUCGCUAUCCAUCUUCUCCUGACCCAAUGUCACUUGCCAACUCAUUUAGUGAUUUCUUCACUCAGAAAAUUGUUAAAAUACGAGGUGAUAUCGAAGAUGAACUCUUGAGUAAAAACAUAGAAAAUCCUAUACCUGAUGCUGAUUCAUGUCCUUAUGAAUUUCACACCUUCAGGGAGGUUGGAAAAGACGAAGUGCUCCAUUUAAUCCAACGUAUCGCAACUAAAUCCUGUUCUCUGGAUCCACUCCCGGUGGUCAUGCUAAAUCACUGUUUUAAAGACAUCUUACCCGUUGUAGUUAGAAUAAUCAACCUCUCCUUGGAAAGUGGUACAAUGCCUGACUCUUUGAAGAUUGCUGUUGUUCAACCGCUAUUAAAAAAGUACAAUCUUUCCUAUGAAGAAUUCUGCAGUUUUCGUCCAAUAUCAAAUCUGAAAUUUGUCUCGAAAUCUAUUGAGAAAGCAGUUGCUGUACAAUUAACUGAUUAUCUUACUGAAAAUCAUCUACAUGAGAAAUUCCAGUCUGCUUAUAAACCUUGUCAUAGUACUGAAACAGCGCUAUUGAGGGUUCAAAAUGAUAUCCUUCAAGCUCUAGAUAACGGUGAUUCUGUUAUUCUUGUCCUACUGGAUCUGUCGGCGGCUUUUGACACCGUGGAUCAUUUAAUGUUAUUAACAAGACUAUCGAAACGCUUUGGCAUAAGGGGUCGUGUGUUGGAUUGGCUUACCUCAUACCUUACAUCCAGGAAACUGUUUAUUCGUGUUGAGGGAACUGAUUCGUUAUUGAGUGAUCUUGAUUGUGGUGUACCUCAGGGAUCUGUGUUGGGUCCUCUGUUGUAUUCACUCUAUACUGCCCCUCUCGCGGAUGUGGCUAGGCGCCACAAUCUGCGCUUUCACUUUUUUUCUGAUGAUGGGCAACUUUACAUUGCAUUCAAAACGAAUGAUCGUGAUGAUUUAAUAUCAUCUAAGAUCCGUAUGGAGAAAUGUAUACUUGAAUUGGGAAACUGGUUGAUGUUGAAUAAAUUGAAACUAAAUAGUGGCAAAACGGAGCUUAUAUUAGUCCAUUCACGCUAUCAUCUGAUGCCUCCCUUAAAUUAUAUCAUGGUGGGAAAGGAAAAAAUUGUGCCAACUGUUUCAGCAAGAAAUCUGGGGGUGAUUUUUGAUGAGUGGAUCAGAUUGGGCGAACAUAUUAAUGGUAUCUGCAAGUCAGCUUACUACCAUAUUAGGAAUAUUUCAAGAAUUAAGAAGUAUCUACCUCGAAAUUGCUUAGAAAUAAUUAUUCAUGCAUUUAUAACUUCAAGACUGGAUUAUUGUAACUCCCUGUUGUAUGGUGUACCCAAAUAUUUGCUUCAGAAGCUUCAGAGAGUCCAAAAUACUGCAGCUCGUUUACUAACCGAUACUAAGAAAUCGGCGCAUAUCACCCCAGUUCUUAUCGAAUUGCAUUGGUUACCUGUCCAAUACCGUAUUCAAUUCAAGAUUAUACUUCUUGUCUACAAAGCUGUUAAUGAUCUUGCUCCAUCGUAUCUGAAGGAACUUAUGCUGUGUCGUACUUCGCAGCGUACUCUUCGAUCAAAUGGAAAUGAAUUGCUCCAGAUUCCUUAUUCUAGACUAAAGACAUACGGAGACAGAUCGUUCUGUGUUGCUGGACCAAGAUUGUGGAAUGAUUUACCUGUUCAUCUUCGGAUGUGUGAAUCAUUAACCAUUUUUAAGAAGUUUCUUAAAACAUAUCUUUUUAACUUGUUUUUAAAUAGUGUAUGAUGUAUUCUAUAGUUUUAACAUUCUUAACACUAGUUUUUAAGAUUUUAUUUUGUAUUACUGUAAAGCGCCUAGAACAGUCUUGGUUUGUGCGCUAUAUAAAUGUUUAUUAUUAUUAUUAUUAUUAUUAUUAUUAUUAUUGACUUCACGCUUAUUUGUUUCUCUUCAAAUUCUUCUCGAAAAUUUAUAUUAUAUCAUGCAUGUUUAUAUCUCCGCUCCUAUGCUUUUUUGGUAGUAAUUCCUUGAAAUGUAUAUUUAGACCAACUUAGAGAUUGCUAGGAUUUUUUCGUUGUGUUUUAUUUCUUUCAUGGCUUUAAAAGGAAAUGACUUGCUUUCUUGGUUUGCAUUUGGGAGUAGUUUUUGAGCUGUUUUGUUGGGUUUUUUCUACGUACAGUUCAGUUAUCAGAUACCUCUUCCGCGAAUAAAACAUGACAUUGGUUUGCCCCGUCUCGGGAGUAUAAUAUUUUUUUUUAUUUUCAGCUAAUUUGACCAUAUGUCAACACAAGUUGGAUCUUGGUUUUAUAUUGGACAACUCUGGCAGUGUUGGAUUUAGUAAUUUUGAACGAAUGAAAUUAUAUGUCAAAGAUCUCACAGACUUCUACAACCUAGGCCCAGAAGAGACACGAGUCUCCGUAAUGUCGUUUUCAAAUUCUGCAAACAUUCAUAUUGCGUUCUCGGCAUACUUUUCGAAUAAAAACCAGUUUGAUUCGGCCACUGAUAGCAUCUCGUUUACUGGUGGAGGGACUGCAACAGCAUUGGCUUUAAAUAUGGCUUACAAUGAUAUGUUUACGUCACGUUAUGGAGCGAGAGGCCCAGGUAAGGAUCUUGCCUGCGUGGUUGACGGUCUGCCUGCGGCAGAACACUCGAAAGGCAGGCGAUGCAAAGAAGAUGAAAGUGGUUCGCCCACUGAUCUAAAUUUCGCCUCGCAAGUGGACUGUCUGCUAUGUGAACAAGUAAAGAUCUGAUCACAUGAGUCUGCCCGGGCAAGGCCCUGUUUAUAUCAGUUUUGUUUACGGGAAAACGUGCCUUGAACGUCAGUUUGUUCUUAUUAUUUAGGUAUUUACAUCCGAUACCUUCCCUUAAAAUGUGUUUCAAUUUUUCAGAGUUCAAGAAAGUUUUAGUGAUACUAACAGACGGGCAAAGUAACACAGGACAGGUUGGUUAUCCAGCCCAACAAUUGAAAAACUCUGGUGUUGUGAUAUUCAGUGUAGGGAUUGGACAGGGUGGUAUAUCUAUGCGGGAAUUGCGAGCUAUGUCCUCAGAUCCAGUUGAUCAGCAUGUUAUUACAUUGGACAACUUCUCUCAACUAGAAAAGCUUGCUGGGGAAAUGUCUGCGCAGACUUGUAAUGGUAGGUUUUAUGUAUGGUGGCAUUGAUGGUAAUGGUGAUGGUGGUGAUGAUGGUGGUGAUGGUAGUGAUGAUGGUGGUGAUAGUACUGAUGAUGGUGGUAAUGGUAGUGAUGGUG